UUCCUUGCGAAGAAGAAAUGCGGGAGUGAUGGGAACUACUUAAAUGGACCAACUGGGUCAAUUUCGUAACCUUUAAAAUUGAUCGUCACGUUGACUGAUCAAGAAGCAUGAAGACGCUGGGGUUCCUCUUGUGUUGUGCAGCUUUAACAAGUGGUGAUUUAUACAUCACUAAUCCAAGGGGAAGUAAUAAUAGGCUUAAUUGGUUUACCAGGGAUGUGAGAAAUAACAAGAGGUUGUUCGAUUCCCAAAAUAACAACCGCGGUGGAUACAAUGUGGGAGACCCUAUGUACUACUACGAGGGAUCUACACUUAGCAUAGAGUGGGCUAACCAGCACAGCUGCGCGGACCAGAACGCUAACUGCGAGCUUAUAUUGCAGUACAUGUGCGAUGACAAGAUCAGAGACGGGGCAACGUCUUUCUCAAUUGUUGACAACCAGGACCUAAAUCCUGGUUUUGGAAUGCAUGAGGAAUGGAACCACUAUUUGUACUGUCGCACUAGGCAAAGAAACAAAGGGCUUUUCUUGGCGGAUCAGAAUCUUAGGUUCAACGAUGCUAGAUUCACUCGACAGAAUAAUGGCGGCACCAAAAGCGGUUACGAAUGCCCAGAAGAGAGAGACUACUAUCCCUAUUGGUACCAUUCCCCUUGGAAGGACAUCGUCGUCAUGACUAAUAACGUUGAACGCUGCGACUAUUACCAAAAAGAGAGCAACAACGUGAAGUCCAGGUGGGGGUGUGUCGUCGACAGAAACAAGCUGAAUCGAUUUUAUCGCUGGCCUCUUUUUAUCAUUCCUGACAAUAAAGAGGAUUGUGAGAAUUUCGAAAUAUUCAGACAGCCGGUAAGUGCAAAUUGGACUGAAUUUCCCGCUCACGACAUUCCGCCGCCAAAGUGUAUCAAGGCUCCCUGGUCACGUGACAACCACAACGGCAACGGGAUUGGAGGAAAUUUCAAUACAUACGAUUGGGUUAUUCCGGAGGGUAUUGCUCAUGAGAAAUGCGUCUUACGGAUGAGGUACAACAUUUCUACCAACGAUUACGACUCGUGGAACACAGAUGCGUCUUCCAACACUGAUAGCGACACAGACGGUUCCAAAAUUGACCUUUCAAAGACCUUCAAACUUCCGAACAAGGAGACUGCUGAAGCACGCGGUUAUGUCUUCAAGAAUAACCCGGAUGUUCAGAUGUUUCCGGGCCUCGAUGUGAAGCUUACAUUGGCCAUCAACACGGCUCAGUUUGGACGUACUUUCCAGGACAGGUCCCAUGUGUUUGAAAUUAGGCAGAGACCUACCGAGCUGAAAGAUGUCACCAUCCACAAUUUGAACGUGAGAGGAAAACGCGGGAACAACCAACAGGUGUACCCAGCAGUGGAGUACGACUAUGUCCCCAACACCUUGGAGAUCAACACAAACGACUAUGUACAUGUUCAAUGGACAGGGUCGGAUAGAAACCCCCACAACAACGCCGGAAAUGGCCGAAGGGGCACUGACCGUAACAACAUGGUCAUGCUUAAGAACAAGGUAUACCCAGAAGGAACCCCCGGUCUGGCUUACGGUGGACUGGAUGUCCUUGGCCAGUAUGGAGCUAACUAUCCCAUGCACUUGGAUAACGUGACCCGUCUGAUCGGGGCAUCGACAGAAACGAGAGCUGUCCUCCAGAAGAUGGCGCUGUUGGCACCCCCCCGAUACGGUGGUCACAUGUUUCUGCUGGACAAUGCCAAAGCCUACUAUGACUUGGGUCCUCUUCAGUUCGCUAAGGAGGGCGUGUUCCACUAUAUGUGUACCAGAAACAACGCCUUCACCAACAGAAGCCAGAAGGGAAGAAUCAUCGUUCGUGACGCUUCAAAAAAAUAAAUAAAAUAUUUGCUCGCAUGAAAAUAAGGAUGGUAUUUUUGUUGAUAUUCUAAAUUGAAAAUAAGUAUGGUAUUUUUGUUGAUAUUCUAAAUUGUAAUUUGAUGGUUGUCUGGAAAUAUAAGAAAAAAGGAAAUAUGGAUUUGAAAUACUACGAACUAAUCCCUAACUUUUUAGUCUCACAGAAAUUUAGAAUAUGGACAUUCUGAAUGGAGAGGUUGAAUUGUAAAAAAAUAACUAGAAAACGAAAAAAGAUAAUAUUUUGUGAGAAAUUAAAGCUACAUUUUGUUUAUCACAGAAAAGUUUGUAGAGACGUGGAUUCAUCAAAAGUUCAACAAGAACU